AUGGGAAGAGCAUUGACCAACGUAGAAGUUGCAGGUCGGCUUAUCAAAUGGGACACAGAGUUGGGAGAAUAUGAUAUCCAGUACCAGCCGCGCACUGCUAUUAAGGCACAGGCCCUGGCAGAUUUCUUAACAGAGAUACAUCAAAUUAGCCCUGAAGAAAUGUGGAAGAUCUAUGUGGAUGGGUCUGCUAAUCAUCAUGGAAGCGGGGUCGGGGUCUUAAUAAUAUCUCCUCAAGGAGAUAUACUCCAGGUGGCAGUGCGAUUGAAUUUUCGAGCCACAAACAAUGAAGCGGAGUAUGAGGCUUUAUUGGCUGGACUGCAAGCAGCUCGGCAUGUCGGGGAAGCUCGGGUAAUCAUCUAUUCAGAUUCCCAGUUGGUGACUCAGCAGGUUACGGGCAAUUUUAUUAUAAAUUAUGAUAAAUUGCAAAUGUAUCGGGAGGCGAAUGAGAAGAUGAAGGCAGAAUUUACAGAGGUCACUGUAACAAAGAUACCCAGGUCGGAGAAUGAACGGGCAGAUGAAUUAGCAAAGAUGGUCAGUUCCUUAACUACUUGGGUGCUGGAUCGGUCAACGGCACAAACCUUUCUGAUAGCCCAGAUAGAUUUGCAAAACAAUGCAGAAGCAACUAUUGAUUGGUGGGCACCCGUGACCAGUUAUCUCAGGCAAGGUAUCUUACCAACCGACCCGGAAGAAGCUCGAUUGAUAAGGAGGCAGGCCCAUGCUUAUGUCAUGAUCGGGGACCAGCUCUACAAAAGGUCCUUCUCCCGACCUUUACUUAAAUGCUUGAGUAUGGAGGAAGCCGACCAGGCCUUGCGAGAAAUACAUUUGGGAUGCUGUGACAAUCAUGUAGGAGGGCGAACAUUAUCUCGCAAGGUGCUCCUGGCCGGGUAUUUCUGGCCUACUCUACAGAGGGAUGCUCACAAGUUGGUGAACACAUGCUUGUCCUGCCAGAGGCAUCAAAACUUGACACAUCGACCUACGACUCUAUUGAGAACUUCCAUAGUGUCCUGCCCUUUUGAUCAAUGGGGCAUGGAUAUCGUGGGACCAUUUCCGAUGGCACCAGGUCAAAGACGCUUCUUAUUGGUGGUCGUGGACUAUUUUUAUAAAUGGGUGGAAGCAGAAGCCCUGGCCCGGAUUACAGAGGAUGCUGUCAUUCAAUUUUUAUGGAAGAACAUCCUCUGUAGAUUUGGACAGAGGAUACAGGCCUGGUGCAAGGGAUUUGACAUAACGCAAGCUUUUACUUCAGUAGCUUAUCCUCAAAGAAAUGGACAGACCGAGGUAAUUAACAGAGAAAUAGUUCGAGGUUUGAAGGUCAAACUAGAUCAUGUCGGAGGUAAUUGGGUGGAAGAGCUGCCAAGCAUUCUGUGGGCCUAUCGAACAACACCUCGGGAAAGCACAGGUCUGACGCCAUUUCACUUAGUUUAUGGCAAUAAGGCAGUGGUACCUAUAGAAAUUGGAGUACAUUCGGUCAGAAGGACACUAUACGAUGAAAGAAAUACUGAGCGACGACUAGUUGAGCUGGAUCUUAUUAGUGAGACCCGCGAUCAAACAGUGGCUCGGCUGGAGGCUUAUUGA